AUCCUAAUAUCUUGGUACAUGGUUUGCCUGUCCACCUGGGACACUGGAUCUCCAUCUGUGCUACUUAAUAGUCUAGAAUAAGAAAAAAGGGAACGGUUAUGUUAACUUCAACCUCCCCUGAUUUGUUUUCUUUGCACAGCACAAUCUGCUUUUAUCCAUGAAGCUGCAAUAUCCAUUUUUGUUUCUAGCUUAUAGUGACUAGACCUGGGGUCUAACAACCUUCUGCUGCCCGUGGAAUGAAUGUGGGAGCUGGAAUGCCUGGUUGGGUUAUAGCUGUUCUCUGCUACAUAGCUGCUUUUGGUUCCUGUACUUGCUUUUAUCUGGUCAGUUCGUGCCAGUUGCAGAGUGGACAUGUGAUGACCCUGCUCAGGUGACCAAGGCUGCCCAGCGCUUUUAUGCUGAGGUCACUCCCAGCUCAGACUAGAUUUGAACUGAGGACUGGUGGAGCUCUUCAAAUCGUGUUAUCAGCCUCUUGAUCUUUAUGAGACCUGUCCUUGCAGAACAGCAACUUCAGAGAGAACAGUGAGGAGGCCAUAACCUGCUGGGGCCUUCAGCACUUCAGCAGAAUUGCACCCAGAGAAAAAGAGAACAUAAGAAUUCAUGGAAUUUUCCCCCAAACCUCCUGACCUUUUCUCACCAGACAUACUUAAAAGGCUUAGGACUGAAGCAUGACUGGAGGAGGCCCUGUUCAUUGAUUGCACAUGAAAAUUGCUGUUGAUUGCAGAGACAUCACAAGGAAAAGGAUUUUUAUUUUUAUUUUUUUAUUUGAAGGAAAUGGCAGACGUCUCUAGCUGGGAUGAAAAGUGUCUGGGAGGAUUUCAGAGAGACUGAGGGCUGGGGGCAGUUAGGUAAGGAGUUGACUUCUGCUUUCAAUGUGGCAGGGAGAGCACAGGUAUGGUAACUGAACCACUAAAAUUAGGCUGUCCCAGACUGGUUGGAGAGUCAGUGCCAUCACUGGUAACAUACAAGCCCUUGGUGCUGCUGCUUCCAAAGCAAAGAUGAAGCCUGUGUCCAAGCUCAGUGCAGAUUGCUUGUCAUGGCCGUGGUGGGCCGUGAGCACCUAUUGUCAUAAGGAGUGUCACAGCGACUGAACUGACUGCUGCUGUGUGAGGGCAGCCAGACAUCGAAGGUUGGUGGUGUGAGGCACCCCAAAGAGGUGCUCACAGCACCCAUUUCCUCCAGGAGAAGAGCAUUGUACAGCCUCGUGGAGCAGCUGCAGAGGCUGUAGUUUGUCUAAGCUGGCAGUGACUCUUCUGUCAUUAAUGUCCAAGAGACAGGCUUGCUGAACAUGUUGGGAUUGGGGAAAAGCCAUCCUCGGGAGAUGAGUCAGCACUGGCUUUCCUUUCAUCCUCUCUGCUUACAGAGGAAAACACAGCCAGGUUUUAUUGAGUUGAUAACAUAUGCUUACUUCUGUGAGCAAAAAUGCGUAUGGUUAUCAGACAUAACUGUGACGUGAUAAAUCAUGUCAAGAUGAGGAUUUUGUUCCGUAAGCAUGAAAAGAAAAAGAAGAUGCAAUGCAAAAUAUCCCACUCAGGCUGGCUGGGUAAGGUCUCGAUCAUCCACAAGGCCUGUGCUGUUAUAGUGCUGUGUUUGCAUGCACAGUAGGGGGUAAGGCUGGACUAAGGAGUGUGCAGAUGUGAAACAUGAGCGUGGCAAAAUGCCUUUUGUGAAAGAGAGACAUCAAGUGAUGUUCAGAUGGAAUUUAUUCUUGCCCUUAUUGAACAAAUAAGGUUUUGCUGUUUGAUUUUCCUUUAACCUGAAUGGCAACAAAAGAUGUGGCAGCAAGAGGUGUAAAAAAAGGAUGAUAUUUUCCAUGAAAAAUACGUUCCAGCAGACAAAGCUGUAGCACAACUUUUAUUGAACUGAUGAUCCAGCCAGUGCCAACGUCAUUCCUUCUGGCACAAGAUGCUUGUUUUGAGUAGAUAACCCCAGGAUCUGUUUCUGACCCUGCUCCUGGAGGUGCUGUCUGUGCCUCGAUGACAGGGAGGCUGUACUACUUCCCAAUAGCUUUGCUUCAGAGACCCUGCUGAUAGGAUUUUGUGUAUCUCCAAUUUGCUGUCCCUCCAGAUCAAGCUGGGUCAGGAGCCUGAGCUUUGCUGCUUUCAUGAUGUCAUAGUCUUUCUGCAAAGGCUGCAGUGUUUUGUAGGAACAGGGCCAUGGAGAAAUGGUAUCCAGCUGAUUGCCUUGAUAAAGCAAAAGGAUGCUGACAGACACAGACCUUGCUAUUGCAAGCUACGCUGUUUUCCCCUGGAGUGCACACUGCUGUUCUGCAUGGGAGUGGUGCCUUAUAUCCUCCCAGAAAAGAAGCCAGUAUGCAAUGCAGCAGCGUGACUCUUAGCUGCGGACUCCGUUCUCCACCGAGCCGAUCUGGGAUUUUUGUUUGAAGAAUUCAUUUAACAGCUGCUGACUGCAAUGGAUGCUGUGUGUGGGAAGAGCUGUCCCUCCCAAACUGAAGAAACUGAAAAGUCCAAACGUUCAUGUUGGUGAAAAGAUCUCACUGAAAUGUGAGGCGACUGCUGGCAACCCUCAGCCAUCCUACAAAUGGUUUAAAGAUGGCAAAGAGCUGAAGAAGAGCAAAGACAUCCGGAUCAAAUAUGGGAAUGGGAAAAAGAUUUCCAGACUGCAGUUCAACAAGGUGAAGCUGGAAGAUGCUGGGGAGUACAGCUGUGAAGCGGAGAACGUUUUAGGGAAAGACACCGCAAAAGGCAGCCUGAAUGUGAGAAGUGGAACAACGAAAGCACCACAAGUUUUACCAGCCUCAGAAACUAAAAUAGUUGUUAUGGAAGAAGAGUUAACCACAACUCUCUCCUCCUGGUCUGGGCAUGCUAGAAAAUGCAACGAAACAGCCAAGUCCUAUUGUGUCAAUGGUGGGGUAUGCUACUACAUCGAAGGGAUUAAUCAGCUGUCUUGCAAGUCAGUUCUACGACAGUAUGGCAGAUGGCUUUGUCACGUUGAUAAAAACAGAAAAUCCACCAGAAGAAACAAGGAAGGAGAGAUGUCAGAGAAAAGAAUUGCACAUUCACUGAGAUUAAAAAAGGUGAAAGAAGCAGAAGAGCUCUAUCAGAAGAGAGUUUUAACCAUCACGGGAAUCUGUGUUGCCUUGCUUGUUGUGGGCAUCGUCUGUGUGGUAGCUUACUGUAAAACCAAGAAACAAAGAAAACAGAUGCAUAAUCAUUUACGACAGAAUAUGUGCCCUGCCCAUCAGAACAGGAGCCUUGCAAAUGGGCCAAGCCAUCCACGUUUGGAUCCUGAGGAAAUCCAAAUGGCUGAUUAUAUUUCUAAGAAUGUUUCUGCCACCGAACAUGUGAUCCGUAGGGAAACAGAGACGACCUUUUCGGGAAGUCACUCCUGCUCCCCAUCACAUCACUGCUCCACAGCCACUCCAACGUCCAGCCAGAGACAUGAAAGCCACACCUGGAGCCUGGAGCGGACGGAGAGCCUGACUUCAGAUUCCCAGUCUGGGAUAAUGCUGUCUUCGGUGGGAACCAGUAAAUGCAACAGCCCUGCAUGUGUGGAGGCGCGGGCCCGCCGUGGGGCUGCCUUCUGCAUUGAGGACUCGCGGCGGCCCAUGAUGCAGUACCGCGACUCGGUGGAUUCGCUGCGGGACUCGCCGCACAGCGAGAGGUACGUGUCAGCCCUGACCACACCAGCACGCCUGUCGCCCGUGGAUUUCCACUACUCGAUGGCCACGCAGGUGCCCACCUUUGAGAUCACCUCCCCCAACUCCGCACACGCUGUCUCCCUGCCCCCAGCAGCUCCCAUCAGCUUCCGCGUGGAGGAACAGCAGCCCCUCCUGCGGCGGUACCAGCUUCCCUUCCAGGACACGCAGAGGUACGACAGCUACUACCAAAGGAAGACCUACCUAAAUGACAGCAUGGGGAGCCUGCCCUCCAGCCCCUUCCGCAUCACGGAGGAUGACGAGUAUGAGACGACACAGGAGUAUGUCACAGCACUAGAACAGCCAAAGAAAACAGCCAGCAGCAACAAGCGUUGGAAAAAGUCCAAACUGAACGGGCACGUACCCCACAGAGCCAGAGCGGUCCGGGACUCCUUCUCCUUGAGCAGCGCCUCUUACAGCGAGUCUGACGAGGAGCUGGUGGCUGAGAGCACCCCCUUCCUAAGCACUCAGAACAAUGAGACGAUGAACACAGAGUCGCCUCCGCUCCACCGGCCAGGUGACAGCCGGACUUACCAUUCCUACAGCAGGCACAGCGCUCACGGGGAGAGCGGGCGCAGCAGCCUGGCACACACAACGCCCAAACAAGACCCCGAUCCUCUCUAGGCGCCUCGCAGACAUACCCGCAUGGAGGAGGCGGAGGAGGGAGGCAAAACAAAAAAUGAGACAAAAAUAAAUAUUUUUAUUUUAUAUAAAAGAGGAAAAAAUAUAACAAAUAAAAUGUUUUAUUUUCAUUUUAGCAAAGUUGUCUUAUAAUAGCUAACAGCAAUGACUUUUUUAUAGGGAAUCUCUAUUUAUAUGUAAUGUCUUGAUUUUCAGCUUCCAAGAAAAAAAAUUAAAAAAUAAAAAAAAAAAGAAGAAAUGGAAACAAACAAUAAAGUAAAAAAAAAAAAAAAAAAAAAGGUGGGCCAAUUUUUGACUACUUAAAAAUAGAAAAUAAAACUAUCGUGGUGCCUUUUGCUGUAUGCUAGUGCUGGGAUUCAUGCCGAGGAUUCUGUUUCAGUAGCAUUUUUAAGAUCACAGAUUUUUAUUUGGGAGACAACCUGUCACAAGGGCACUCUUCCAUCAGAAGAAAACAGCCUCACCACUUUGCCCUAUACCCUGCUAUUAAUGAUCUUGUUCUAUCAUUUUAACACACAUCAAGGACAUGAUUGGGAGCAUUUCCAUUAUCAUGUCUAACGGGGGUCUGUCUUGCCCCAUAAAAUACUUGUAUUUUUGCUUAAAUCAGGAGAAAAAGAAACUGAGCAGCACCAUACCGAAAUGCAGAAAUAAUGUUUCUUUUGCCACACAGGUAGGAAGAGAAAAUGAAAAGCAGCAGCAGCCCUUACAAUAUAGCUCUCAACUUUUGGCCGUUUCACAUGUGAGUGUGAAAUUGGGUUGGCACAGGUUUGUAGUCCGAUACGUAAGACAUUUAUAGGAAUGUGGUGAAAUAAAACCCUGUUACCUAUGGUUGAAUACAGUCACUGAAGCCAGCCCUGACAGGCUGGUGGCACUGCACAGUGGUCCUGGCAGGGCAGAGCCGCACCGGACCUGGUGCCAUGCUGGCUGUGGCAUCCCCUUGACCAAGCACGCAGUGGCCAUGGUGUGGCAUUUGCUAUGGUGCUGUGUGGGCUGCAGUGUCCUGCGCACCAUGCUUGCCACCGAGGAUGCCCAGAGGGCACAGCAUGGCCACUGCUGCCCCAGGUGCUGUGCCAGACAGCCGCUGGCUGUGCUGCCCUGGUGUCCGAGUGCUCCGGCCCCGCGCAUAGCCCCUUGCGUUGGCUGGGAAGCACCGCGGGCACCACACGGGGCAGCCCAACGAGCGGAUUCCUCUGUCCCGCCGUGCCCUUUGUUGUAAAGACAGUUGUUACUGUAAUGUCUUGCCACCGAUGACAGACAUCGUGUUUCCAAACCCGGAGCAGCUCUGGCCAUUGGCUCUGUGGCGCAAAGAGACAGUCCUGCGUUUCCAGGCAGCAGAGCAUCCUGGUGGAAGUGCCCCUCUCGCCUCAGUUCUCUGCAGCAAACCUGUUUACAUUGUAGCCUGACUUUUUUCUUUUUAUAUUUUUACUUCUGCAUGUCCUUUGCAUUUCAGAUACUGUAGAUUGGAUGCAUGGUGAAGCUGUGACUGAGAAGAUAAUACAACAAUUGACAGUGUAUUUCAUUUAACUUUUAGCAAUAAAGUAACUAAACCCUCUAUUCCUCACCCGUGAUGGGGUCAGAUAGAAAACUCUGCUAAUUUGUCAUAAGAUGAUUGUCAAAGUUUGCUCUG